AUGAGUAUAAUAGGAUAUGGUCGAGUAGCGCCGAGGACAAGACAAGGCAAAUUCUUUACAAUAAUUUAUUGCAUUAUUGGAAUUCCACUAACCUUAGCUCUUCUAUCUUCAAUUGUUGUUCGCCUUCAGCAGCCGAGCUUUUGGUUAAGAGAAAAACUUAAUCAACGUUUUGGACGUUUGUUUAGAAAUACUCAAAUCCAGAUAUUUCACUUAUUACUGGUCAGCCUCUUGUUGCUAGUAUUUGUCUUUGUAAUUCCGGCAUAUAUUUUUGAGCAUAUCGAAAAGGACUGGGAUUUCUUAGAUGCAGUUUAUUAUUGCUUCGUUUCCUUAACAACUAUUGGACUAGGAGAAUACGUUCCUGGUGACAGUCCGGACCAACAAUUUAGAGGAUUUUACAAGGUUUUGGUAACAGUUUACUUAUUGGCUGGUUUAUGUUGCAUGAUGCUCUUCCUAGCGACGCUUUACAGCGUAAGGCAGUUAAACCUUACGCGGUUCUUUUUGAUAAGAGACGAAAGUGAAUACACAGAUCCCAGCGACGAACAAAAAUUGAAAACCGUUAAUCAAGUGAGUUCAGUUCUAAUGGACUGA